UACGUCAUACCCAACUGUCUGCUCAACCAAUCACAGGUCCCGUCUGACAUCGUUGGCGUCGCCUUUGACGGGUUCCCCAUAUAUGGUCCGCGGACAGAGGACGGCGUGACCUUGACCUCCGCUGACCUGGACGAGUGUCAUGGCCGCCUGGUGGACGGCAGGUACCGGUAUCACGUGACUGCGGACUUCCCGUACUUUCUGGGCUGUUUCAAGGGCGUCGUCAUGGACGUCAAGGUUAAAAUGGCCGACUGUAAAUGUGACGGUCCCGUCAACCCUUGCAAUCCACCGCAGAGGAACGCGAACGACCUGGUCAGUGCAGACGGCAGCCAAGCGCAACGACAGUACAGGUUGCAGAUUGACGACGGAAAAAUCGUCUGCAGGUCGGUCGGUGACGUCAUCCCUUCGCCCUCUCCCGCCUCAGCAAGGAACUGCAAAAUAUCGUCUGCAAUGUCGUCCGUUGUCAUGGUAACGGGGCUGGCUCUCGGGACGAUGUCUCUGCUGCAGCGAUGAUA